AUGUUUGCCACUAAAAUUAAUUUGUUUCAUCCAAGUUUGCUCCACAAUUUGAUCAAAUCCCACCGCGAUUAUGUGAUUCUCGAGUUCAAUUCGGUGUUCACGGAGCUCUUCGAAUUGGUGGAGCACGAUCUGACGACGAAAGGGAAAGCGAAUUUCACUAACUCGAGCGAGCAGACCAUUUUCAAUAUCCUCUCAGGCGCGCCUUCUUCGGAUGAAGCCGAUCGACAGUCCCUUGGGGAAAGACGUGUCGACGCUGUUCUUGAUGUGGGUUCUCUCAAUGCAGUUAAAAGCGGGAUUCUAACUAGAAGCGGAAAAUGA